AUGGCUUCCCAAGAUCAAACGGCCCAGCAGGGCAAGAAGAAAAGCCUUAUCGUCAAUGCCUUUGUCAUGAUGUGCAGUGGUCAUCAAUCCCCAGGAUUAUGGAGACACCCUGAGGAUGAGUCUUGGAGAUUCAAGGACACUGAGCACUGGGUUGAACUAGCCAAAUUGCUAGAAGACGCCAAAUUCCAUGGCAUCUUUAUCGCUGAUGUGCUGGGAGGCUACGAUGUUUACAAGAAGUCCUUGGAACCUGCUAUCAUCUCUGGAGCUCAAUGGCCUCUCACAGAGCCAUUGGCCGUUAUUCCUGCCAUGGCUGCUGCGACGAAAAAUAUUGGAUUUGGUGCCACUGUUUCUGUUACUUAUGAGCAGCCAUAUCAUCUGGCUCGACGGUUAUCUACAGUCGAUCACCUCACCAAGGGCCGGCAAAUUGUUACUGGUUACCUAGACUCAGCCGCUCGCAACCUUGGUCAUCCAGUUCAACUCGCUCACGAUGAACGCUACGCGCAGGCCGAAGAAUACAUGGAAGUCAUGUACAAGCUCUUUAACUCAUCCUGGCGUGACGACGCUGUCAGGCUAGACCGUGAGCGAGGUAUCUACACGGAUCCCGCCCUUGUUCGUCAAAUCGACCAUAACGGCAAAUACUUCAACGUUCCCGGUCCUCACGUCGUGGACCCCAGCCCGCAGCGAACACCCCUGCUUCUUCAAGCAGGAGCCAGCAAGCCAGGUAAAGCAUUUGCAGCUCAGCAUGCUGAGGCUAUCUUUACUUCUGCGCAUGCACCUGCAGUGUGUAAGAAGAACAUUGCAGAGAUCCGACAAGUUGCGAAGGAACAGUUUGGCCGAGAUCCAAACAACAUCAAGGUCCUCGCUCUUGUCACCCCCAUUCUUGGUAAGACUGAGGAGGAAGCUCUGGCUAAGUAUAACGAAGCGAAGAAGUAUGCUUCGACUGAAGGCGCUCUGUCGUUGUUCGGCGGAUGGACUGGUAUGGACUUGAACCAGUACGGUGAUGAUGAGGAGCUUCGACAGGUUGAGAGUAACGCUGUCAGAUCAACUGUAGAAGGCUAUGCCAAGUUCUCACCCGCAAACUCAAAGUGGACGAAGCAUACUGUCGCCGAGCAUGUCAGCCUCGGAGGCAAUGGACCUCUAUUCGUUGGUACACCCUCCCAGGUAGCCGACAGCCUGCAAGUCUGGAUUGAUGAGGCAGACGUCGAUGGGUUCAACUUUGGAUAUGUUCUUUUCCCUGGUACCUUCAAAGAUAUCAUCGAACUGCUACUCCCUGAACUUCGAUCAAGGGGUCUCUUCUGGGACGAUUACGCAGUACCUGGUGGCAGCUACCGAGAGAACUUCUAUGGACUUCCUGGACAGAAGUAUCCUCUUAAUGAGCAUGCUGCUUCCAAGUAUAGGUGGGCUGCUGGCGUGCCUGCAAGUGAGCACAAGAUUCCGCAGUAG